UGCACUAGCCUGCGUGUGGAUUGGGUUCGAUGUAGUCGGCGGCGAGGCCCACGGUGUCAAAAGGAUAACGGCAGAAGGCAGCUGCUUCGAAAACCAUGGCGCCCGACGUCUCCCGCGUACCACCACCCAAACCUACCGGCCAUUUCCGGCGGGAAAUGUGAGAGGAAGAUCGGCAGAUAGACGGUCAUGCGAUGACUUGUGCGUCCAGGGGAUGAUGAGCAUAUGCAGCGAACUUUCCUCCUCCCCCACCUCAUCCAGAGUUCACCAAGCUCUUGGGUUCUUGAAUAACCGUGGAAGAAGCCUUCUCUUCUCUUCAUCCCAACGCAAGCGCGAAUGUCGCCCAGGCGUGCCAAAGGAUCGUUCCACGCAUUGGUUCUCCAUGGUUGCCCUCCCCGCGACGACGCGCCAACAACAGCGCCCAUUCUGCUGCGGCGUCUUCCCGGUUGAGGAGUCGAAGCAGAUGCUUCAGUACCGGGAAGCCUUCCUCCGACGGAUGGAAAUGGCCGGUAUCCAGCCCCACCAUAGGAUUGCGAUAGGCGUAUCAGGCGGAGCAGAUAGCAUGGCGUUGUGCCUAUUAACUUCGGCGUGGAAAGCUGCCGGACUCGGCGGCGUAGAUAAAACGUCGGGAUACAUAGAUGGUCUCCUCGCAAUCGUCGUUGAUCAUGGUUUACGUGCCGAAAGUGAAGCAGAGGCCAACCAUGUACAUGGGUUGGUCUCUAGGAUGGGUGUUAGAUGUGAAAUUGCACGUUGUGAUUGGGCAUCAGGGAAGCCGAAACAGGGUCAUCUGCAAGAAGCAGCUCGGGAAAUGAGGUAUCGUAUUUUCCAAGAUAUAUGCCUGCAGCGCCAGAUCAAUGUCUUGUUCAUUGCACACCAUUCAGAUGACCAGGCUGAGUUAUUCAUUCUUCGGUUAUCACGGAAUAGUGGUGUCCUGGGACUUGCUGGCAUGGCAUUUAUGUCUCAAUUAUUUCCCAAUUUUCCAACUUGCCAUGGUCAUUGUUCGAACAACCAUGGAAUCCUCUUAGUCAGGCCAUUACUUGACUUCUCAAAAAGUGACCUUUACAGAAUAUGUCAAGAGAGUGGGCAACAGUGGGUGGAAGAUCCUACAAAUCAGAGUUCUUUGUUUGCUCGUAAUCGUAUCCGUGCAUUGUUGAGAAACUUCGCAGCAAGAAAUACUAUGGAAGGUCUGCUGGUGAGUGUGGGAAAAGGGAAAGAAGGUUCUUUUGGAAGAGAAUUGCAAGCAGCUAUAUCUGCCUGCCGUAAAGUCCGGUCUUUUGUGGACCAAACUUGUCAAAAAUUGACAUAUGAAUCAGUAACUAUAAUGGAUCAUGGAUAUGUUAUAAUUGAUCUGCUCAAAUUAGACCCAUCAAAUGUUGAAGAUAUAUGUCUAUCGAAGUUCAUGUCAUCUAUUUUGCAGUUUGUCUCACAAAGGCACAGGCCUGUUCGAGGUAACACUUCAAAACUAUUAUUGGACUACAUCCGUACCUUCCCGUGCAAGAACUCACUCACUGCUGCUGGUUGUUACCUUUGUGCUGUUCCAAGGACUAAAGGCACCAAAAUAGCGGUUUGUUUUUCUCAUGAUUCUCCUCAACCAUCAAACCUUGAACUAUCCCGCACUUACAAUUGCAAACAGUACCUGUCAUGCCCUUUUAAUGAGGUUGGAGAAAUCGUAGAAGCUGCAAAGUCUGUUCAUGGUUAUGUAGUGGAAAAUGUAUUAUAUAUGGCUCUUCUGCAGGCCAGUUGCCCUGGGUCCUUUUUGGAAGAAGCGCGGAAGUUGAAUCUUCUGAGUGAGCUCACUGUUGAGAGAGUUGGAUCUAUGCAAUAUGAAGAAUCCCAACGUUUCAUUUCCGAUGCAAAAUCUAAAACUCAAUUUGAGAUAAAGCAUGAAAGGAAAUAUGUUGCAACUUUAUCAGGGCAGCCGCUUUGUGCUGGAGAACAAACUUAUUUUAUGUACAGGUUCCUGGUCACAUGGAAGCUUUGUGACUUGGUUGCAGAAAAUGAGUUUUUGUCAGAGGUCUCGAGGAAUGACCUCAACCAGUGCAGUUUGACUUGUGAUUGCAUUUUGCAUGCAGUUAAAGAUGAGGCACUAGUAGUUCGCGGCAUGGAAGAUACUGACUGGAUAUAUCUUUCUAACCUAACAAGGACUAAUUUUCUUAAAGAAUGUCAAAACCAGAAAAAUUCAUCUCCACCUUCCCUGAAAAAGGUUGUUCAAGGUACAUGCUAUGAUUACACAUUAUGGUCAGCAAGGAGAGCUCUUCAGACCUUGCAAUCCAUCCCUGUUUCUGCACGAAGAGGCUUGCCUGUCCUCGUUGAUUCACAGGGAUUGCUGCUGAGCAUACCGAGCAUUUGCUUCAAUCGCUGUCCGUACUUGUCAGCAGUUGCUGUGUUUAAGCCAAGGGUACCACUUGGAGGGGGUUUUAGUUCAUACGCUUGAGAGCAAAGAAUCCAUCUGUCAAGGGAGUGAAUUCUAAGAGGAAAGCCUUCUUACGUGCAUCAGAUGACCAACUGGAGAACUACGUGUGCCCAACAUGUAGCAGAAACUAUUACAGUGAAUUAGGAUUCCUCUUGUACUUAUACCAUACAAGUUUCAUGUGAGUUGUGCAUGGUUUUGACUGUUCCCAUGAUUUUGAAAGUUUA